AAUAGGUAAUUUCAAGAAACGAUCAACAACAGUACUGGGCAGGUGAAAAUGAACAGUAUAGCUAUGUUUCUUCAGUGGAGUUUGCGCAGGCAUUCCAGUCAUUCCAUGUUGGAAAAGCGAAUGACAGCGAUCUUUCCGCACCAUUCAACCAUUCCAGAUCAUUGCCAACGAAACCAUAUACUACAAGUGGGAUAGAUUUACUCAGAGCUUGCUUAUCGAGAGAAUUCCUUCUGAUGAAGAGGAGUUCAUCUCUUUAUUUUCUCAAGAUAAUCCAACAUGUAAUUCUUGCAUCUGUAGCUGCAACUCUUUUCAUGAAGAACAGACACCACGAGACAAAACAAGAUGGAAUGCUGUACCUAGGGGCACUCUAUUCAGGCCUCGUGGCAACAUUAUUCACUGGAUUUUUUGAGUUACCGACAACCAUAGAUAGAUUAACAGUCUUCUAUAAACAGAAAGGCCUUUUCUUUCCUGCAUGGGCAUACUCAUUACCAUCAUCAAUUGUCAAAGCUCCAGUUUCUAUCAUUGAAGUUUCCAUUUGGGUUGGUAUAACUUAUUAUGCAAUGGGCUUUGAUCCUGAUGUCAAGAGGUUGUUUGGUAACUUUGGUUGAUAUUUUCUCUGUAAU